AUGAAUCUACGUUCCAAGUCGUGGCCUUUCCUUGAGCCUGUAGACCCUGUGUCUAUGAAUGCAUAUGACUACUUUGAGGUCGUGAAGAGGCCGAUGGAUCUAGGGACGGUAGACAAGAAGCUGGAGAACAAUCAAUACUCUACUUGCGCGUACUUGCUGUACGACGUGUUGAGCACCUUCAAGAACGCGUGCUUGUACAACCCCCCUGAGAAUAAGGUCCAUCAGCUGGCUCAGGACAUGCUGAAGAUCGUAGAGGAGGCCUGUGUCUCCUCUCCGGUGCUGCGGACUGCGUACCAGUUUGCAAACCGCAAGCUCAAGGACGAAGAGUCCCAGGCAUCAGGAGAGAGCUGCGGAAGUGGCGAGGACCAGGCCAGCGAGAAACGCGACGAGCCCGACACGUAA